AUGCCGCAAAAGCACCAACUCUGGCAUCAUAUCCCGAAGAUAGUCAUUUCAGUCUGUUGGGCAGCGUUUUAUAGAAGUGACGGAAGCCAACCGACUGACUUGCAGCUGCCAGUGUCCGCCUGA